CUUCAAAACGUUUCAAGCAUUAUUAUCAUGAUAAAUUAUAUUAUUUUCAGAUUAACGCUGAUAAGAUAUAGCUAAUUCCAAUCGGGCUUCAAUAACGGCUUUCCGAUAGAGUGGUUCAGUGAUAUUUAAGUGAAUUACACUAGUUCUACCAAAAAGCGGAUAAAUCCGAUACAAAAGCAGUGCAUUCUGGUGCAAUAACUGCAACAAGUGGAAAUUUCGACUUUAAAUAUAUUUGUAAAGGGGAAUAACCGCUAAAUCCUUGUCAAACUGGAAGUCUUUGAAUUUGACGAUAUAGACGAUUUCGCCAUGGAUUUCUGGGGCAUAUUCAUGUUCUUCCUGCUCUCCUUCCUCAUCAUGAGUUGCUGCGGGUAUUGUUGCACCACCAGACGCCAGGGUGCCGUUCUGUCCACGCCCGUGGUGGUGACCUCCGCCACGCACACGGCUCCCGGCGGAUAUCCGGUCACACAGCUGCCUCCGCCGGGCUAUCCGGCGGGCAAUGCCUACGUAACUUCAACCUCGUACCCCGCACAGACCACCGGCAACGUGACUGUGCAGAUGCCCAUGCCGAUGCCCCAACAGAACCAGCAGCAAAUGCCAAUGCCGAUGCCCGGUAUGCAAACGCAUGGCGUGGCGUAUCCUCCGUAUCCUGGCGCCGGCGCUGCCAGCAUGAAUCCUCCGCCGUAUGACAUGGCCAUGGCUAAUCCAGGACCCAGUGUUAUGCCCGCCGGAUAUGAGAAGCAGGCUCCCUACAACCCCCACUUUGGCCAGUGAAAUCCCACUGUGAGCCGAAAGCGAAACUAGUUUUGAGGAUCCCCUUUCCGUCUCGUUAUAGCUUUUUUACUCAGCCGAAAACAUUACUUUCCAUAUUUCCUUGUAUUAGGUAAUUCCCACGGUUGUACUUUCAAACUCCUGGGAAAAAACCAAAGUGAAAGCGAUCGCACAACGAGCCAUUUUUGUAUUCCUUGUGAUGUAUGUAACGUGUACAUAUAACUUAAGAGCAACCUUUUAUUUAUACAUCUACGAUAAGCAAAUCCAAAGCGAAAACAAAACUGAACUACAUGAAGUGUUAAUUGUAAUAAACCAGUGAAGUGCACAUCAAAUACAACUACAGCAUAUUUGUUUCGAUGUGCACUUUCACAAAACACAAAAACAAGAAA